AUGGUAAUCGCAGCGGAAAGCUCCGACACGACUACAAAAGGAACCAAAAAGACCAAGAAACAUGGGACCUUUAUUGUCGAAUUCUUCAACCACAUUGGAACAAUCGAGUCACGAGCAAAGAAUCGGUUUGAGGGGCCAACUGGUAUUUCCUCACUGCCAUCAGAAACCAUCCCGCAACAAGCCGCAACCAAAGCGCUUGAUGGCGAAGCCUUUAAUUGUUGGGUCACCUUUAAACCUGUACCAUCCCGGCCAAGGACUAGCAUAACAUUACGCGACGGCGCGAUGGUGGACCCCUGGGAGCGACCUUUUGCACGAUACGAGUUUCGCUAUCGUCUCAAGGACGGCCUCAUCAAAGAAGGUAUCAUUCCCGAGCCCUCCCUCGAAGAACAAGUUGCUCAGAUGAGUGACGAGAAGAGGAAGGAGGCGCUACUCAAGGCUUUGAAGCGCGAAAAGGUAAGCUACCAUCAGAACACAUAG